UGCAAGGUGAGGGGGGCUGAGUGGCAAAGGCAACCCACAGAAAGCACAUAAGGGGGAGGGAACAGGUACGAGUGUAACGAUUGCUCCUGUCCAUUCCCCAUUACAGCAGAGCCAACCUGGGCAGGUAAGAGAAAGACCUCAGCAGAACCAUCUAUUCAUCUGUAGUGGGUCACCGAGCUCUAUCGGAUCAGAGCUCAGGAGCUUAGCAGUGCUGCAAUGCAAGAAAUGGCAGCCAAGCACGCCAGAGGCAGCGAGGUUCCAGCCACUGCCUCAGUGAGAGAGAGCCAGGAGAAGAGCAGCAAAGCAGUAGAGGUGUCAGGGGGAGCCCCUUCAUUGCUCCGUAGGCUGUCGUCUAGGCCAGCUCCCAGCCAGGCUCAUGCCCACACUAAACCCCAGGCCCUCUUCAGCCUGAAAGGGCUCGUCGCCACCCAGAAGUUCUCCAAGGCACUUAAGGAACGCAUUGCACUGAAGAUUGCAGUGAGGAACAUCCCGGCAAGGAAACCUAUUGUUAUAGUCAAUGAGCAGGUGCCAGCGGGUUCAGCCCAGCCUGCCAAGAAGUUCCCCUGCGGCCUGGURCAUCAGAUGCUGCAGGACUUCCUGUCAUCUCGGCUGGAGGCGGUGGGUUAUAGCGCCCCCUCCUGUGGUGGUCUGGUCAAGGCGCUGAGUGAGGAGGUGAAGGCUCUGGUGAGGACUGUGUGUCCUGACCGCUACCGGCUGGUGUGUACUGUGGCGCUAGGCCAGCUGGGUCCAGAGGGGCAGCAAGGAUAUGGAGGGCUGGUACUGGCUAGUCGUAGUCUCUGGGAUCCCCAUACAGACACCUGUGUUGCCCACACCUACCGGAGCCAAGAGAUAUUCUGUACUGCAAAUGUGUUUGCUGUGUACUUCGAGUAAGGUAGAAGUUGACAAAGGCACUAAUCCGAUAUGAAAGUGGUCCAA